GAUAGCCAUCUCAUCGCAAACACGAAUCACCUAGCAAUCAACUUCUUCAGUAGCUUGUUAUCCCAGCAUAGUUGGGUCGGCGCUCGGGGAGAUACGCGAUGACGAAGGACGUCGUGAUUGAGCAUGGGGAGAGCUCCAAGGCGCCCUUCGUCGCGCCGGUGGCGGCCGGCGUCAACCGCGCCGUGUCCAUCAUCGACGUCUUCCUCCGGUUCAUCGCCAUCAUCGGCACCAUCGGCAGCGCCAUCGCCAUGGGCACCACCAACGAGACGCUCCCCUUCUUCACGCAGUUCAUCCAGUUCGAGGCCAAGUACAGCGACCUCCCGUCCUUCACGUUCUUCGUCGCGGCGAACGCAGUCGUGUGCACGUACCUCGUCCUGUCCAUCCCGCUGUCCAUCGUGAACAUCAUCAGGCCCAGCGCGCGCUACAGCCGUCUGAUCCUGGUCUUCUUCGACGCGGCAAUGCUCGCUCUGCUGACGGCCGGCGCGUCCGCGGCGGCGGCGAUCGUGUAUCUGGCGCACAAGGGCAACGUGCGGGCUAACUGGUUCGCCAUCUGCCAGCAGUUCGACUCCUUCUGCGAGCGCAUCUCGGGCUCCCUCAUCGGCUCCUUCGCCGCCAUGGUCAUUCUCAUCGUGCUCAUCUUCCUGUCCGCGCUCGCGCUCGCCAGGCGCCACUGAUCACGGUCAACCCACCGUGGAUGCUAUUCGAUCGUGCAUGCACCAAUAUUAACGCAUGCCUCUGUUUUUUGUUGUCGCGACUUCUUUCCCAGAUAUGCUUUGUGUUGCUCUUUGGAAUUGCUCUCUUUGUAACUGUCCGGUGUGGUCCUUGAACUAUGAAGGACGAGUCAAAUUAAGGUUUGUAGUGUGAUGAUGAUUUUUUUUUUUUCAAAUAGAAGGGGACGAGUCAAAUUAAGGUUUGUAGUGUGAUGAUGAUGGUCGGAAAAAAAAAAAGGAAAUAUGUGAA